UACGGUCACACACAGUUCAAAUGCAAGAAGGUCUCGCAGAAGAUCCCUCCUAAGGGUGGGUUCUCUUCUUCUCAAUUUGGGGCCUCUACGAGCUCCAACUUGGGAAACACUUAGGGCCAGUAGAAGUUAUAGCUGCUUCUACUCUCGUUGAAGCGGGUGAUGUACCCUCCCCGUUUCAAGAGAUGGCCAAAGCUAUUGACUCCUUAGUCACCCCGCAGACGCAUCCGGACCCAACUAUACUUUGUACGUUGGAUGUGUCUGAGGCCUUAGAGGACCUUCAAGGUGAGUGGUCGGCAAGGGACCCUCGUGAGUCCUGGGUGGCACUGAGUAGAGGUCCUAGAGGGGAGCACUUCGUUGUGGAAGAUGUGGGCGGUCGCAAGUGCGGCGCCUUCGUAGACAUUGGCUCCACACGAAACUUCAUAAGUCGCGACUGCGUUGACAGACUAUGCCUAAAGGACCGGGUACAGCGCCUUAGUAGACCGGUAGCAUCUACUUCGGCCAACAAAGAGUCCAUGAUGGUGGAGGACUACGUUAAAGAUGUAGUCUGCACCUUCUCCUACCCAGGAGGAGAGAUAAACCAUAAGAUAUCUUUCCUGGUGAGCGACGAGUUGCCCUUUGACAUGUUAUUGGGCAUGUACUACCUCAAGGUUGCCAAGCCCCAGUUUGACUGGGACAAGAAGGUGUUGAAGCACGAGUUGCCUAGUGGGAGAACCGUGAGACUCGCCAAGUACAAAGCCAGUAGGUAUGGUUUGUACGAGUUUGUGGUGAUGCCAUUUGGCCUUUGCAAUGCGCCGGGUACAUUCCAACACACCAUGAAUAGGAUCUUCCAUGACUACUUGGAUAAGUUUGUUGUCGUGUACCUCGACGACAUACUUAUCUUCAGUAGAUCUGUCGAGGAGCAUGCUCAACAUGUAGACACAGUACUUUCACUCCUUUGGCAGCACAAGUAUAAGAUAAACUCAGAGAAAUGCGAAUUUGGUCGCACUCGAAUCUUGUACUUGGGUCAUGAAGUAUCCGUGGAUGGGAUUAGGCCCGAAGAUGCUAAGGUGGCUAGCAUACGUGACUGGCCACGACCCCAAUCAGUGACUGAGGUCAGAUCAUUCUUGGGAAUGUGUGGUUAUUACCGCAAUUUCGUAAAGAAUGAUAGCACGAUCACAUCUCCCUUGGCUGAUCUAACUCGACUCGACACACCAUGGGACUGGACCGACGAGUGUGAGGCAGCUUUCAAGCGUUUGAAGCAUGCUCUCACGCAUCAUGAAGUUCUCAUGGUAGCCGACCCGCAAAGGCCAUUCAUUGUAACCACUGACGCAAGCCAAUAUGGGAUUGGCGCAGUGCUGGCUCAGCAGGAAGGGAAGAAGUUGAGACCGAUCGAGUACAUGAGCAAAAAGAUGCCUUCAAAGAAGUUGGCAAAGUCCACCUACGAGAGGGAACUCUACGCUCUUUACAAGGCACUUGUCCACUGGAGGCACUACCUGUUAGGAAGGUUCUUCUACUUGAGAACUGACCAUCAGACACUCAAGUGGAUCAAGACUCAACCAAUUCUCUCCGAUGCACUCAAAUGCUGGAUUGAAGUCAUAGAUCAAUAUGAUUUCAAACUAGACUAUUUGAAGGGAGAGUACAACAAGUUUGCAGAUGCGUUGUCUAGGAGGGCAGAUUACCUAGGUGCGCUGAUUUAUGAGUUUGGUUUGUCUGAGGACGUGAUUCGAUCGUUGGAAGAAGCCUACAAGGAAGAUCCCAUCACGAUGGACAUCAUCAACAAACUACAGGCUAAAGACAAGGCCACCACUGAUGAGUUUGUGAUGGUGGAUGGGUUGCUCUUUCUUGAGAAGGCAGGGUUCAAAAGGUUAGUUGUUCCAUCUAGGGAACCUUUGCGUAGUUUGUUUUUAGGUGAGUGCCACGACGCAAUAGGACAUUUUGGUUAUAAGAAGACUAGUGCUAAUCUAGUACAGCGAUUCUGGUGGCCUAACAUGCUUGACGAUGUGAAGAAGUACGUGGAGACAUGUCAGGUCUGUCGGCGGAACAAGCCGCGAACUCAAGCUCCGCUUGGGUUACUCAAGCCUUUACCCAUUCCUGCUGGCCCAGGUCAGAGUAUCUCCAUGGACUUCAUGGAUACUCUCGUGACCAGCAAGAAUGGCAAGAGGCACAUUUUCAUCAUAGUGGACAGGUUCACUAAGUACGCUAGACUAAUCGCCAUGCCAGAGACUGCCAGGACUGAGCACGUCAUCAAGUUGUUCAUGGACAACUGGGUGCGUGACGUUGGACUUCCAAAGACGAUCGUUAGUGAUAGAGAUGUGAGAUUCACAAGCGAGAUGUGGAAGAAGGCCGCUGAACAGAUGGGCAGCCAGCUCCAAAUGACUUCUGGGAAUCACCUCGAAGCAAAUGGGCAGGCUGAACAGAUGAACCGAGUGGUGCAGCAUCUGCUGAGGCAUUACAUUAAGCCCAGCCAGGAUGACUGGGAUGAGAAAUUACCUCUCAUCGCCAGCCUGUACAAUAAUGCUGAACAUAGCACCACCGGUGUCAAUCCUAAUCAACUGCAUCUCGGGUGGAAGCCUAGAUCUGCUCUAGACUUCCUCCUGCCUGAAAACCGAACUGCUGCAACUCCUUUGAAUUUGGCGUCCAGUAUGAGAAACUGUUGCAGCAGACUGUCAAACAUAUCAAGAAAUCUCAAGAAGCCAUGAUAGCUUCUGAGAACAAGCAUCGCCGAUAAUCCACAUUU